UCACUGAGAGUGUGGGUAAAAUAUUUAUUUAGCUAGUAGGCGCUAGCAAUUUCCAGAACCAACUGCUUUAUUCUCCAAUACGACACGUGGAAGCUACACUCUACACGUUAAAGAAUAUAAGGUUCGAUUUCUCUUGCCACGUGGACAGGCGACACGUGUCUUCAUCCGACAUGGAUCUCUCCAGAAUCUCCUCUCUUGCUUCUUCCACCACCUUCUUCUUCGCCGCUUCAAAUAUCUUCAAUCUGACACAGCAAAAUAACGAAGAGAAGAUGCAAUCAAGAUUGGCAAUAGCGGCUUCAAGAUCGGGCUCUGCAAUUGUUUCCGCUCGAAGUCAAACUUUAAGUCAACUAUUUGCAUCCACUGGUCGCACUGCAAACCCUACUAUUCACUCUGAACCAUCCGAAGAUGCAGGGAAGGUGGCCGAAGAACCAGAACCAGCUCAAGGCCCAAAAAGAGAUCCAAUAGACAAAACCAUGAUCAGUAAUAAACAGAGCACUACGCCAUUCUCACCUCCAAAACUGCCUCAUGCUCAGACCUCAAGACUGGAGAAUCCUGGUGUGAGCCAGCCUGUGGACUCUUACAAUCAACAGAAGCGUGCCAACUGGACUGCGGUGGCUCAUGUAAUUGAAAACGUGAGUUGUGCAGGGCUUGAUGGAACGCCAUUGCGGGAGCAAGAGGAGAAAGAGUCUGAUAAAGUAGAGGAAGAAAAGGAAUACUACAAGCACCACAAGGCAUCGCCGUUGUCGGAGAUUAGAAUUGCGGAUACUCGAAAGCCCAUAACAAGGGCGACGGAUGGGACUGCCUACUCCGCCGAGUACGGGCCAGGAAAGGACGUAAUAGGGUGGCUGCCGGAGCAGCUGGACACGGCAGAGGAGGCGCUUAGGAGAGCUACUGAGAUAUGGAGAAAUAAUGCCGCGCGUGGAGAUCCCGAAACAUUUCCUCACUCCAGGAUUUUGAGGGAGCUCCGGGGUGAGUGGUUCUGAAAUGUCGGGUCGGGUCGGGUCUUUGGAUUGCAUGCAAAGCAAAUAAUGAAAUAAGAAGCUGAUUUUGGUGGUGAA